AGUCAACACAGCAGGCAAAGAGCAAUAAAAUGAUACAAAUGGUCUUGAAAUGCCUUUUGAUCUUUAUCUAGAAAGCAUCAUGUCAUCACGGCCAAUCAGAAUCAUUGCUGCGGAUCAAACUACCAGCUUCAAAGGUGGGAGUUAUCAAGACCCCAGAAGAACCAGCACAACUCUGGACCUGGUCAGUGGUUGCUAUGAGCAAAACUACAACACUGAUGCUGACUUUCCUUCAUCCAAACCCUGGAAGGGAGAAUUAAUGCCUACAAAGACCAUCGAGACCACACGUGGAGAAAUGUAUCCGCCAUUUACGAGUAUACUGAGGAUUUCUCUCCUCCUACUUCUUCUCUACGGCUUUGUGUGUUCUCUGGAUAUCCUUAGCUCUGCUUUCCAGCUGGCUGGGGGUAAAGUUGCUGGAGGCAUUUUUCAGGAUAAUGCCAUCUUGUCUAACCCAGUGGCAGGGCUCAUGGUGGGGAUACUUGUGACGGUUCUGGUCCAGAGCUCCAGUACAUCCACAUCCAUCAUAGUCAGCUUGGUUUCUUCUGGAUUGCUUGAAGUGAAGUCUGCAGUCCCCAUCAUUAUGGGCUCCAACAUCGGCACAUCGGUCACCAACACCAUAGUCGCCCUGAUGCAAGCAGGAGAGAGGAAUGAAUUUAAACGGGCAUUUGCUGGCGCGACGAUUCACGACUGUUUUAACUGGUUGUCAGUGCUGGUGCUGCUGCCGCUGGAGGUGAUGUCAGGUGUGUUGAGUUACCUGGCCAGAGUCACUGUCAGCAGCUUUCAAUUGCACAGCGGAGACGAGGCGCCUGAACUCCUGAAAACCAUCACUGAACCCUUUACUAAACUCAUCAUACAGCUGGAUAAAUCGGUAAUAACGGGCAUCGCCCUGGGCGAUGAGUCCAUGAGGAAUCACAGCCUUGUGAAAGUCUGGUGCAAGUCCAGGGUCUUCGUGUCCUCCGUGAAUAUGACGGCGACUGCCGCCCAGAACUGCACCACUGCGGUGUAUUGUGUGAAAGAUGUUGAUCUGACCUGGAUCACUCAGAAUAUCACCUCACAGAUAAACACAGAGAAAUGCAGACAUCUGUUUGUGGAGUCUGCUAUGUCAGAUCUGGUCAUCGGGCUCAUUCUAUUGGCCAGCUCUCUGAUGGUACUGUGUACCUGCCUGCUAUUGAUCGUCAAAGUCCUGAACUCUCUACUCAAAGGUCAAGUUGCAAAGGUCAUUGAAGGGGUCAUCAACACAGAUUUUCCUUACCCUCUCGGCUGGCUGACUGGAUAUCUUGCCAUGUUGAUGGGGGCUGGCAUGACCUUUAUCAUCCAGAGCAGUUCUGUGUUCACUUCUGCUAUGACUCCGCUCAUAGGCAUUGGUGUGAUCAGUCUGAAUAGGGCGUACCCUUUGACCUUGGGUUCCAACAUUGGCACAACCACCACGGCCAUCCUUGCUGCUCUCGCCAGUCCCCGCGAGAAGCUUCCUGCUGCGUGUCAGAUCGCCUUGUGCCAUUUUUACUUCAAUAUUUUUGGGAUUUUGCUGUGGUAUCCAAUCCCCUUCACUCGUCUGCCCAUCCGUAUGGCGUCUGCACUGGGUGAACGCACUGCAAAAUAUCGUUGGUUUGCUGUACUCUACCUGCUGGUCUGUUUCCUGCUGUUGCCUUCCCUCGUGUUUGGAAUUUCGCUGGCCGGUUGGCAGGCUAUGAUUGGUGUUGGCGCACCAUUCACCGCAAUCACAAUCUUCAUUCUCCUGGUCAAUCUCAUGCAGUCACGCAGUCCAACACACCUGCCGAAGAUGCUGCGCAGCUGGGAGUUUCUCCCGCAGUGGAUGCACUCUCUCAAACCGCUUGACAAACUUAUUACAAGAGCAACAGCGUUGUGCUGCAGCCCAGCUCGACUUAAUAUCAGUGUGCCUGACCCGGAUGGGGUCGUAGUGACCCCAGACUCAAUAAACAUCAACCCUGAAUUAUCAAUUUCCACCAAGAAAUCCGAACAAGGGCAUGACAACCCUGCCCUGUCCUUACCUGAGGAAAUAUCCUCAGAACCAAGAGUGUUCAAACUGAGAGGACUAGAAAGAUGCAACAGCACACCGUUAUAGAAGGACUCGAGUAUUUCGAAGAUGAAGUCUUUUAGUUUUACUGAAGUCUACUUUGAAUGGCCAGUCUCAUAUUUAAGCUCUGCUCCGAAACUUAGUGAGCUGCCAAUGUAGUUAGCAUUUUAAGCAGCCUGGUCUCAGAGAAACACAUUACUGUACCUACAUUUAUUAUAAAUGAUUUUACGUGACUCAUUGUAAGUAUCGCAGCAGUUUCCUAGUAAAAUAAACAUUAGAGGCGCUACAACAACGACUUUUAUCUACUUUCUCACAAAUAUCAGUUCAUAAACACUUACUUUUCGCCCUGUUCCUCACACAAUACUAUCUUAUAUCAGCUAAACACUUAUACUAUAGGGCAUGACUUGUACAGCGAUACAUUUUAACUAGCGCUGUCGAUUUAACGUGAAUAAUUAUAUAAAAAGUAACGCGUUAAAAAGAUUAACGCAAUUAAUCAUGUCCCCGGACUGUAAUAAGGAAGAUUCCGGAGCAAUUCAAGCUUGAAGUACCACCUGUUUUCUCCAGGGGGCAGUAAGCGAAACUUCAGCUCUAUAGGCAACGCGCAGCUUAUACGGAAAACAAACCAACAUUUCAGCAGACAGCACGACACGAGGAAGCAUUCUCGCGUUCAAAAGACAGGUUUAUGGAGCCAAAUCUGAACUUUGGGAUUUCAAGACGUGUUUUUCCAAGUGUUAAACUACGUUUAACUAGACACAGCGACCUAAAAAUGGUAUGUUUAUGACGUGACACAACCAAAGUGAGAUGCUCCAAAAGCAUCCGCCUGUCGCAGGUGUACAUUGACGCGUCCUUAGACAAGCCCUCAUAAUAAAUCUCAGACUGACUGAUAAAUUAAAUCGCAAAAUGGAUUGCUGUGAACUGUAGGCCAAUGAUUGGCUUAUGUUCAAUAAUAGCAAAUAAACUAUACAUUGGAUUCUAAAGCCACUUUUUGUAUUGUCUUAUCAAUGCUUAACUCCUCUGCCACAUAUAUAUAAUUAUUUGUAAUUUUUAUAACUAUUUAAUUAUUUCAUCAUUAUAUUAUUGAUAUCUGAGGGGCUUUCUCAGCAAAUAUUUAUUUAUGCGAUUCAUUGCGAUUAAUUUGAUUAAUUAAUCGGCACACCGUGUAAUUCAUUCGAUUAAAAAUUGUAAUCAGUUGACAGCCUUAAUUUUAACGUUUGCAUUACAUAACCAACUACAUUGAAAAUGUUAUUCAACUGCACGGCAGCUCAACUGAUAGAGUGUUGCAGUUGCGAUCCUAAGGACCGGAGUACAAGUCCUGAAGAGCCCACAGUCGAAAUGUGAAUUGUUUUCAUCUCAUAUUUGUUUUUUUCUGACACCAUCGAUGUAGGGUAGGAAGGUAGGUUUUCUUGAUUUAAAGCUCGAUAGAGCAUUAACCUGAAAAUCCUCAUCUGUUUGGGAAAAAAUGUAACUCUCUUUUAGCACCACUUAGUGGACAUUUCACCUUGGAACUGCAUGUAAUCAAGCAUGUAAGGAACCAUGUAAUAUUUUGUCAUAUUUACAUGAGGUCAGGCUAAUUUUAAUGCAUCAUUUGUGCACUUCCGAUGCAACAGGUUAUGCUGGCUUUUAAGAUACUUCUUUUGGCCAAAGCUUAAGGCAGCAUUACAUGUAUACUUCAAAGAGAAGGCCAUUCCAAAACUGCAUUGUGACAAACUCAGUGGAAAUAAAUUGAAUUCAUUAAGUUCCGAAAAGUAUCAAUAAAUACAGUUCAAUCUAAUAAAAAUUGGCUAUUUUACCCAAUAUUUAAAGUGUGUGUGUUAUAUAUUUUUAUAAUGAUUAUUUACUCCCAUAGAGAAAAAUAAAUUAACCAGAUAACUAUGUUAUUAAGAUGUUUCCUAAGAUGAACCCCUAACCUAAACCUAACAAUGAUUUUUACUGGAAAAUCACUGUUGUGUAACCCAGAGGAAAGUCGUACAAUAUAUUCGUACAAAUUCACGAUCUUGUACAAAUUCUUAUGAGUUGUCAUGAGACUAUAUUGGUGCUAUUUGUAUGACGCACAGGCCUACAGUAUGUUGCAUGUUCCAAAUCAGUCACUUAUGAGGGUCCAUUCAAGUUAGGAUGCUGCCUCUGUAGGCAGUAGACAGCAAGGCAGCUCACUAGGUUUUGGAACAGAGCUAUGAUGUUAUCUAAGGUGCUUAUUCAGAUUCAAAAUGCACAUAUUCAGCAAAUCAAUAUAAAUCAACUCAUUAGACUAUAUAUUUACAAUAUUAGUUCAGAGAGUUAAAUGAAUUUUUAGCUGGAGGCCAUAGUGUCUCUGUGAAAUCUUGGAGGGUUGUAAAUGUAUUGAACAUUUGUUAUUUUGUCCUGCAGUCAUGGUAGUAUGCUUAUUAUCAAAGUAGAUAUCACUGAAUCAGUGUGCUUCGUCAGAAGGGGUCUGUAUGGCACAAACAUAAUAACUCAGGGCUAUCCCAUAAACCCUUUAUGUUUUAAAUAUACAGAUAUUAAAAACCAAAUAGCUUUGUUUUUAUUGCACCAAAACUUCCUUAUUUAAUCCCAAUGAGAGAAAAAAACCAAAUGGAGUUUUAUGUGAAAAUAUAAAUUUUGCAUUAAACUUUCUCCAGUGUUUUGUAUUAAACAUCAUCAUAAGUAAAACAAAUAUUUGCUGUACCUUCAAGUCAUUUGUGUAAGACAGAAAAAUUUUCAAAAUGUGAUGGAUGUAAAACUUCAUGCUUCCCAAAGGAAUAUCGUAAUAGUUUAAGAAAAGAGCAAUACAAAUAGAUCCGUAAAAGUUAUGUGUUUCUCCAUAGCUUUGGUUAAUGUGGCUUGCUUGCAGCUAUAUUUUAUAAAAAUAAACGUUCUAACCAUAUAAAACAAUCAAUUUCAUUAAGUGAGUUAAGCGUGCACAAUGGGUCCAUUAAACAGUCUGUGACACAAACACAGCAAUCGACUCUAGGUGAACAAACAGGCCAUCUCAGAGUGUUAAAGAAAAUAUACUACAUACAAGUGCAAAAGCCUUUGGAUUGUAUUUAUUCAUUUUUCAAGGACACUUUGAAUUGUAUCCAAUUAGAAACAGAAAAUGUAUUCAACUUCAUACAGUUAAAGCGUAAUUGUUAUCUGGGCUGAUAAGCUUUUGCAUUGACUUGUUUAAUCAGAAGUUAUACAAGCAUGUUAUUUUAAAUGGAAGUAGCUUUGGUUGAACUUAAAUGUAAUGUUCGGAAUAGCAUAUCCAUACUACUCUGCAUUAUAUAGUAUGUAUACUGUCCACAGUAUGCCAAUUUUAUUAUAUGCACAGAAUUUCCAGGAUGAUCAAAUUGCCAAAAUGAAUACCGUGCACACUGUACUGGGUACUGUUUCCCAAAAUGUGCUCGAUAUAUAAAAUAGCUAAGUUUGAGAUGGAGAGCUUACUAUUACUAUUACCUUCCUGAGACUGCUGAGUGCAUUUUUCAUUUCCUUUUUUGAUUUGUAACUAGUAGCACCUAAUAAACAUGCCAAAAAAAUAAAAACAUUCUAGAGCAAUUCGUUUUUCUAAAAACCGAUGGCAACAUAUGUGGACAGAGGGUAUAAAUUGUGAAAAUGUUAAUAAUACCAAGCUAUAGAAAGUCUGAUUAUUAUUUUUUUUUUAUCAAAUUUUUUAUCAUGUUUCCAGGAGUGUUGGUUAUUCGUGUUUUUGAGAUGUUGCAGACAUUACAUCAGAAAUUAACAUAAUUAAUUCUGAUUCAAAGUAAUGGCCUGGCCGGCAUUAUCCACUGCCACCCAUGUUAAUAUAAA